UUGACAUUUCCACCAUAUCCAACGGCCACACGGAAAUUCAGGGGCGGCUGCCCAAUAACAAAACCAGGUGUCGCGUCGACUACCAGAAAGACAGACAGGGAGAGGGAGAGAUGGAACCGGUGAAGGAAGACGUAGAAGAGUACGGAUGGAGAGAAGUGAAGCUGCCGUCGCUGAUUCCGGUGGUGCCCCCGCCGGAACUAGGGAGAGAGACUGGCGAGAGGAGGAGAGGCCGUGACAUCAUUGUGGCCGUCGAUCAUGGUCCCAACAGCAAGCUAGCCUUUGAUUGGACACUUAUCCACCUCUGCAGACUCGCUGAUACCAUUCACCUCGUCAACGCCGUAUCCAGCGUGUCGAAUGAGGUUGUUUACGAGUCAAGUCGAGCUCUAAUGGAGAAGCUUGCGAUAGAGGCUUAUGAAGUUGCCAUGGUGAGGACUGUGGCUAGGAUCGUAGAAGGGGAUGCAGGUAAGGCAAUUUGCAAAGAAGCAGAAAGGAUACUGCCAGUAGCUGUGGUGAUGGGUACCAGAGGCCGAAGUUUACUUCAAAGGUUCUCUCUCUCUCUCUCUCUCUCUCUCUCUCUCUCCCUUCACUGUGUGUGUGCGCUCAAAAACAUAUCUUAUUGUGGGGUUUUUGUACAGUGUGCUGCAGGGAAGUGUGAGCGAGCAUGUAUUCCACAACUGUACAGCAGCGCCUGUUAUAAUUGUUCCUGGGAUUGGUAUUAUUUUAAAUUUAUUGAACCCUUGAAUUUCUUAUAAUGAGUUUAAAUUUUUAAGGAAUUUUACAUGUAAGUUGUUUUGGAUUUUAGGAGAAGCUUGAGAGGAACAUUGAACUGGUGGAACCAUGGACAGAUAAGAAACUGUAAGUCCUGAAGAGUUAUGCUAGUGAAUCAUAGUGGAGCUUGGGCAGAAGACAAAGUUGGUUUUGUCAUUUAUGUAAUCUGAAAUGCAUGGAAGAUAUAUUUUUCUUUUGAUAUUCUAUGUGAAUUGCACUGAAUAUGGUAUUGUUAACUGAUAUCUUUGUAUUAGCUGGAAUACUGUAAAUGAAUCUAGGAUGAUGGGUUUGAUGUA